CCCACAUCUUAGCAUCAAAAGAUAACCCAAAAAAAUCGUUUUAAACAUGGAUUUGUGCGAUUUCAACAUAGAAAAAGUAUGUAGAGCUUGUUUAGAAGAAACCCAAAACAUGUCACCACUUCUACAAGACGGUUUAAGCGAAAUGUUUAGUUUUUGUACUUUAUUAAGCGUUUUAGACAACAAAUUUCCCUCUUUAAUAUGCAAUAAAUGUAAAUUCGAACUUGGUAUAGCGUAUAACUUCAAACAACUAUGUCUGCGAUCCCAACAGACACUUGAGCAAUACUUCAGUCAAACUAGAUUUGAUGAGUUGGAAUUUAGUUUGUCCGAAUUCCUAAAAUCCGAUCAAUUCCUCGACGAUGACGAUACAGACAUCGCCAAAGAAAUUGAAAAGGAAAUUUUAAACUUGGAAGAUGAUUUUCUUUUGGACAACGAACAAUACACUUGCGAUAAAUGCAAUGNCAACUGUCUUUCUUAA